UCAUCAGCACUCAUGUCAUGGGUGUAAAAAUGAUGUCAAGCGAUCGAACAUGGAUAAAUUGAUUUUGCUUUUUACUGUAUAACUUUAUAUUACCAAUUCUAAAACAGUAGGAUUCGUUGUCAGAUUUCCUGUAAUAUCCUGAUGUUAUAAUCGCUGUCAUCUAGACAUUCCUCAAACCCUUUUUAUAAGUAACACGAAAACUAAGUAAGAUGAUGCAAUUUAUGCUACUAUUUAGUCGGCAAGGCAAGUUACGGCUACAGAAAUGGUACGUGGCCCACCCGGACAAACUGAAGAAGAAGAUUACCCGAGAACUGAUCACCACAGUGCUGGCGCGGAAGCCCAAAAUGUGCUCCUUCCUGGAGUGGAAAGAUGUGAAAGUGGUAUACAAGAGAUAUGCAUCCCUAUACUUUUGCUGCGCCAUGGAGCAGGAGGACAAUGAGCUUCUAACCCUGGAGCUCAUCCACCGCUACGUCGAGCUUCUUGAUAAAUACUUUGGCAGUGUGUGCGAGCUGGACAUCAUCUUCAACUUCGAGAAAGCCUACUUCAUCCUCGACGAGCUGGUCCUCGGCGGAGAGCUGCAGGAGACCAAAAAGAACGUGCUGAAGGCCAUCGCUGCGCAGGACCUGCUGCAGGAGGAGGAGACACCUCAGGGCUUCUUCGAGGACCACGGGCUCGGCUAAAGCUACGGGGGACCGUCGGAUGCUGCGUAGAACAAGACCGGGUUUAGUCAGUAAUGGAUUGGUUAGUUUCCUAUUUUGUUGCAUUGAAAAUAUUGAAAUGUAUAGUCUGAAAGAAAAACUGUA